UUUACAAGAUGGUUGCUUGUGUUAUCUUCUUGUCCACUUUAUAUUGAUUUCUCUCACACUAUCACAUCGCUAAGUACUUACAUCUCAUUUAAAAUAAAUAUCCAAUAAUACAUUACACUUAGUUAGCCAUGUCGGUUAAACUGUACGAAGCGCGAGAGCACGUCAAGGCGGCAGAAAAAUUCCUGAAGACGGGACUUCUCCGUUGGAAACCGGACUACGAUUCUGCAGCCGACGAAUACAGCCAGGCGGCCCAAUGCUUCCGCAUAGCCCGAGACCUGGUGAACUCGAAGGAUUGUCACCUCAAGGCUUCCGACUGCUACAAGAAGAACCGGUCGUUCUUCCACGCGGCAAAGGCUCUGGAAAACGCCAUCAUUGUCUGCAAGGAAACUGCUUUGCCUGACGAGAUUUACUCCCUGGCGACGGAAUCGUCAAGUUUAUACCAGCAGCACGGGUCGGGCGACAGCGGCGCCAGUGUGCUGGACAAGGCUGCUAAGAUCCUCGAGGAGAACUCCCCCGAACUGGCUGUCAAGUUGUUCCAGCAGGCUGCUGAUGUGUCUUCUACGGAGAGCAGUCAGCACCAGGGUUCGGAGUACAUCAGCAAAGCUUCGCGCAUACUCGUCAAACUACAAUGGUAUGACCAAGCAGUGGACAGUCUCCGUCGCGAGAUCGGCUUUCACCAGGAGUCUGGCAACACCGGAGCUAUUGGUCGUCUGACCGUCGCAAUCGUACUGGUGCAACUGGCCAGGGGUGAUGCUGUGGCUGCUGAGAAGGCUUAUAAGGAAUGGGGCAGCAACUGCGAGGUAGCCGAAAUGCAAACCCUAGAACAAAUUCUCCAAGCGUACGACGAAGAAGACAGAGAGUCCGCCAAGAGAGCCCUAGCGAGCCCCUUCAUUCGUAACAUGGACGUGGAGUACGCCAGGCUGGCGGCCACCGUGCCGCUGCCCGAAGCCAUGGAGCCCGCGCCCAGGGCUUCGGUCCGGGAGAACGCGGCGCCGUCCUACGUCAGUCCCAACGCACAGUCCACUACCACUGCGCAAGUACUGAACGAGGAAGAGGAAUCUCCUUACGCGCCGGUCACAUACGCCAAGAAAUCUGACGACGAUGAAGACCUAUGUUAAACAUCAAUUUAUCUACAUUUAUUUCAUUAUUAUUAUUACGAACAUUGUACAUUAACGAGCCCGAACUAACAUGUACUCUGACAAAAAAUCUCUGAAGACCCGUACAUAAAAAAAAAAUAUAUAUUAAAGAUUAUUUUACGAAUAUCGUAAGAUAAUUGAAUCUUUACCAUACCUAACGAUGCGGUUGUUACGGGUAGUCAGAAGCCAGUCUGACAACCAGUCUUACCAAAGUGUAUUGGUAUGCCCGGGUGACUGGGUUGAGGAGGUCAGAUAGACAGUCGUUCCUUGUAAAACUCUGGUACUAAACUGUAUAUGGUUAGACUGGAAGCCGACCCCUACAUAGAUGGGAAAAGGCUAGUCAAAUGAUGAUAUGUUACUACAAAACUUUUGUAGCUGUCAUUAAGAACAAGGCAGAUAUCAUCAGGCGAAUUGAAACAUCUCACACGUUUUUUGUCGAAAUAUGAAAGUUCAGGCUUGUUAAGAUACUUCGUAUAUUAUAUAAUUGUUUAGUUCGCCUACCAACAACAAUGAUAGCACUAUAAUAUGAUUAUUUUGACAAAUAAUGUUUUUUUUUUUGGAGUUUUGGUGAUGUCACCAAUUUUCUUUAUUACUUAUUUUGUCUUUCAGUUGUAUAUAUAGCAUUUAAGUUGAUCUGUUUCUUGUGGUUACACCUUUCCGCAAUCGGGUAAAUAGUAGCCCAUGUCACUACCUGUUUGUGUGCCAACUUUAAUUUUAAAUAGAUUUAGCUUUGACUUGGAGUUACUUUGCAUUUAUAGUAUUAGUAAAAUGUUAUUUAUUUAUUUACAUACACAAGCUUAGAUCUACUAUUACAGGACGUGCCUAAUGCGGCAGAUAAGUUCUUAUUAUUUCUAAACUAAAAUAAAAUAACCCAGGUGACUUCUAACCAAAGUGUCAUAAAGAACUUUUGAAACCUUCAUAUUAUAUUCCUUUAUUAUUUGUUUCUUAAUACUGUUAUAGUGCUAUCGGCAAAACAUUUGACAGAGAUGGGAAGAUUCUUUUUAUAAUAAUUUAUAGUAAAAAGCAGUCAUUAGCCUAAUGUAAGUGAAUUCACUAAAAGUAUGAAAAGUGAGUUUAAAGCCGUCUCGGUUGAACUGUAGGCCUUAAAUUAUGUUAGGCUGUUAGCUAAAGUUAUUUAUAACGUGCUUCGUAUAUGUUGGUUAUUAUUUAAGUGAUCGCCAUCGCCCAUCCAUCGCUACUUCACAAAGUUAAGAUUCAUUCAUAUAGACAGACAUUUGAGCUCACUAGACAUGUGAUGUGAGACAUUGACAACAAAAUACUGUUUAAAAAUUAAAAUAGUUUCAUUUUUCAAGAAAUUGUACUUUUGACCGAAAAUAAACAAGGCUUGGGCACCAA